UCAGUAGUUCCCGACUGUUGCCGCGCACGGCCAAACGACGCCAUCUUGGAAGUUAAGGAAGGAAUAUGGCGUGAAUAUUUCAACAGGCUGAAACCAUUUUUGCUGUGUGACAUCCCAAUAUUGCCGAGAUUUUUGUGAAUUUUGUUCCAUAUUAACACAAUGCCCGUUCAACAAGCCGGACAUCCUCUUCAGCAUAUUUCUAAUGGCGCUAUUUCCGGUAUUGUCAUCGGUGCCGUGGGCUUCGUGAUAACAGUGUCGGUGGUGGCUUACAAAUGUUACCGACGCCGUGUCAUGCGCAAUGCCCAGAACCGCCUCUCUUCCGCCAUCAAGAAAGGGCUCCAGGAAAGCAAUUCGGGCAGCAUGAAAAAGAGCGCACCAGUGAGAGGCAAGGUUAUUAUGAAGUCUAAAGCUACAAGUCCAAUAACUCCCCCUGACCCAGAAAGAGAUCCUUUCCACAGAGGAACCACCUCUCCCGGCUUCUCACCAACUGGUGGUGACCCAAGUUCAAUCAAAACGGAAGUGUACGUGGAGAACGAAAAAGAUGGCGCCACACCGGAAAAGGAAGACGUCAUGCGCGAGCAUCAUUUGGAAGAGAAGACGACCAAACUUGGGUCCCUCCACUUCUCUGUCACCUACGAUGUGCAGAAGACUGCGCUGUUGGUCACAAUGAUCAAGGCGGUUGAACUGCCGCCACGUGACCCGAGUUUGGGCGGAUGUGACCCCUAUGUGAAGUUGCAGCUGCUUCCGGAAAAGAAGCACAAGUGCAAGACCAGGGUUCUGCGGAAGACCUUGAACCCUGUGUAUGACGAGACCUUCACCUUCUAUGGAAUCAACCUUAACCAAAUACCCGGGAUUACCCUCCACUUUGUUGUUCUCAGUUUCGACCGCUUCUCCCGGGAUGACAUUAUCGGGGAGGUGAUAUACCCGCUUGCUGGUGUGGACGUGAGUGAGAAGGAGGUGCCACUGAGCAAGGAGAUCUCGCCCCGACAUCUCAAGUUCCGGAGUCAGGGCCGUGGGGAACUGCUUGUGUCUCUCUGCUACCAACCCGCCGCGAACAGACUCGGAGUGGUCGUUCUUAAAGCCAGAAACCUCCCCAAGAUGGACAUCACUGGACUCUCAGAUCCAUACGUUAAGAUCUACCUACUCUACAACGGACAACGGAUAGCCAAGAAGAAAACCCACGUGAAGAAACGUACACUGAACCCGGUCUUCAACGAAUCCUUCCUGUUCGACGUGCCCUACAACGAGGGCCUACAGAACAUCAGCCUGGAACUGCUGGUACUUGACUGGGAUCGUAUGACGAAAAACGAAGUCAUUGGUCGUCUCGAAAUUGGCGCCAAACUGGUCGGACAAGAGGCCAAUCAUUGGAACGAGGUUAUGAAUUGUCCCCGGAAACAGAUUGCCGAGUGGCAUAAACUGAAGGAAUAGAGACUGAGCCAAUGUGAAAGACGGGAUGAAAGACUGAGAUUUUAUUUGUGAAAGGACGCGAGUGUGGUUCAUUUAUUAUACGGAUUGACCAGGACCAUCCUCAGACAGUGCUAAAUCUUGAAAUCGCCUUGCAGAGUCUUUGACAUACCUUUUGGUGAUUAGCCACAUACUAUUGUUCCAAGUUCUUACUACAUUUGUAAUACCGAUUUCUUAUGAAACAUAUGAAACCAUUCUCAAAGGUAAUAUUUAUUUAGAAAUCUUUCAACUUUUCUCGGAACAAUAUCUCCUUUUCAGGACUGAGUGGACAGUUAUGUCACGUGUUUCGGAUCCCUGAGGACAGGAUUUAGAGGAUAUUGGGUGAAACUAGAAAAGCAAUUGGUACUUUCUUCUCAUCCUUAAUACGUUUUACAUCAAUUGUUAUUAUGAAAAUCAUGUUUGAUUUCACAGUAGCUUUAUAAAAAUCCCAUCUCAAGCUUUUAGCAAGUUCGUUUUGAGAUGAAGUAACGUUGCAUUAUCUUUUGUGCAAAAUGGUGUGUUUUACAGUGGAUUCAUGUUUAUUCUAAUUACGUUUAAUUCAAAGAAAGCCAUAAAUCGUAAUAAACAUGAAGGAUGUAGGGUAUGAUUUAACCUUUGUCAAAAAUUAGUCCAUAACCGAACUUCUUUUUUACCAACAAAAAGGCAUCUUUGUAAAAUUAAACAUGAUUUCUCGAGGUGACACGUCACUUCUGUUGCAUUUUGAAAGUUACACCCAAGACAUUUAUCGAUGAUGUAAAUAUUUGUUAGAAUUGUGCAUGUACAAUGCUUAAAACGAAUGCUGUUCGACUGUGUCUGGAUCUAACAGCCCUGCCAUGGAUACAGAGUUAGAUGCAGCUUUAGCGUUACCCGAUAAUUUACAUUAUCCUCACUGGAGAGAGGGCAAUAAAUUCUUCUUAUGAUCAAGAACAUCCGUCACCAUUCAACCCUUUCUGGCUAUUGCAAGACUCGUUCCCCCGUCGAUGCUGUGCGGGAAAGUAAACUCAACCAAUCGGAAAGCGCGUAUGACUGGGUACAUUUGUCGACGAACCCCUUUAAAUAUUUUUUUGAAGUUACACACGCAUUUAAUUCAUACCAAAAUGCCAGUAAAAUGUUGUAACACACGUAUGAAAAUUGCAGCCGUUUUAGAUUUAGAUAAUGCCCAUUUUAUAUUUGCAAUUCAGAUGCGUACAUCAAUUUCAUUCGCUAUUACCUUUUGCACGGAAGAACCACGUAAAUAUAAUGGCUUCAAGAGGGGAACGAGUCGCCAUUCGGCUUUUCCGGAAUGGCAUGACUGGUCACGAAUGACUCUAAAACUGGGCAGGGCAUUUUUAAGCAGCCUUUCAAAAUGUAUAUGUAUUACAAAUGACCAACGCCGUUCUUGCUAGUUGGUGAUAGUGGUACGUGAAAUUCAGCUCAUUUUGACAGCAGCACUGGCAUCCAUCAUCCAAGCUCAAGGAACAGGAUAAUACAUGUUACAGGAUUGUGUUCCAGCCAUGUAUCAGGUGGCCAUGGCGGUGCGGUAUAAUGGUACUUGUGGCUAUAUUACAGCUGUGUUUCUCGUCUGUUAACGUGUCCAUGUUCAUACCGCUUACAUAUCGUUGUUAUAGCUCAACGUGACGACGUCAGAUGUCACUUGUUCAUAGGCUAUAUAUAUUCGCUGUAGAUAAACAAACGUUGUGAUAUUGUACGUACUUAAGGGCAUAUGUGAUCCUACAAAGUUCAAUCAAACCAGUUACUCGGAUGAAUUUCUCAAAACCCUUCCCUUCCCCUACCUCUCCCCUCUCCCAUCUUUCAGGUGAACUUCACCUUGGUAAUAAAAACGUCAAAUUACCGACGCAACAAGGGGAGAUCACUCUGUAGGAUUAUGUCCAGCUGAGAUUUUGAAGAUACCACCAUUCUGAUGUUCUGUGAAUAUAACCACCGGUAUUUGUUGUGAAUAUGUGAUAUUAUAUUGUUUUUAUCUGAGACGGAAGUAUUUGUCGUUGCUGUUUUUCAACCGUCACUUCCGCGUUUACCGGUUUUCGUAAAUGGACUGCGCAUGCGCAAAGGCAUGCCAAAUCAUUGGAUAAAUAUCAUGUUACUUAGUGCUACAGUUGAAAUAUUUCGGUCUAUUAAAGUAAAACAAAUAUUCACAAGCAUUUGUGUAGAAACAAAACACUUAUUGUGGUUAAUAUGUUACGAUGUAAACAUUCUUGACCGGUAGCACAAAACUGUCAUGCUCAUUUCCCAUUGAAAUGUUUUCCACCUUUCGUAUGAGUUAUAAUCCUUGACGAUUGUUUUGUAUACAGUUAACGGAUCUACGAAAUACCACCGAUUGUACAUAAAAACUACAUGUUGACGUAUUCUGUUACUAUAGUGAUCUGUCACGAUCAAUGUUCCACGAUUAGUAUUUUAUGUUUAUCCAAGUCUCCCACAACUUCUACAUACCUGCUCUCUGUCAUCUAACGAUCGUUCUUGUAAACACUCACUUGUUGAAGACAAACAAAGUAAUCACGAUUAGUAUAUAAGGUUUGAAUUUGCGGUUGUGCAUACACUACAAAACUGCCAUUUCAAAGGCUUGCACUGUUAUACCCAUCGUAAAGGCAAACAUACCGUACAGUCAUUGCCCGCGAAGACGUAACAUUAUAUUGAUAUAUUUUACCACAGGAAAUAGUUGUGCGAGGAUCAGACUAAUUACUUGAUGUGUAUGUGUUUUUAAUUUAUUUCUCCUCUCCCAGAUUAUAUUUUGUUACCUUUUGUGUAUGUCAUUACCACGUAGAAGAAAAAUAUGUAAAAUCAUGUCAAAAAUAUAAAUAAAAUCUUUGUAUAUAUGAUAUAUUUAUGUAUAUUUUCAACCGUUGGGAUAUGCCAAAUAAAAUGAAUGUGAACAUUCAAGAUUGGUUUAAAUGUUGUUAUCUCCAUUUGGAAAUGUCACUCUCUCGCGACACAAAAGUAAAGACUAUGUUUCUCCUCGAAAUUAAUGAUUUUUUUGGUAUUUAUUUGGCAUAUCUCCAUUAGUAAUAGUGACGUAUAUAUGGUUUAUCUAUCGUGCAGAUAUUUUGGAACACUUAGCAAACGAAAGGGGUUAUUUAAAAAAAACAUCUUGGAAGAGCUACGGACAGAAGAUUGAUGAAUUGCGAAGGAAAUAAAAAUGCUAAACUUUUAUGACCAGAAUGCUUUGGAAGAUCAAAGAAAGUUACUUCAUGUUUGUAGGACAUGAUGUUUCCUACUGAACACAGGGCAAUGCAAUACAACCACAUACAAGAUAGCUACCUGCACUGUAGGGGAUAUUACCGUGACCAUGCCGUGCCAUGGGUGCUAUAUAACACUAGAAUGCAGCCAUACCACUGAGUACUGGUACCAAUACUGUUGUCCUGCUGGUGACAUUCAAACUUUGCAAUCUUCAUAAUUUACAAUAUGUCUUCUUUGUGUUAGCCACGGCAUGUGUUGUGCAGUUGGAUACUCUCGUCAUGAAUGGGAACAUUUACGAAAGAAAUAUAUGGAAUUGGUAUACAACCGGAAAUCGUGUCAGAUAUAGGCACCAAUGCAUUUAAAAAAUAUUUAUUGUGGUGCAGACUUAGCGCAAGAUUUUAUACAAAAAUAUUUCGAAUGAUAUAGAUCUACCUUUUUUCGUUCGGUAUAAAUAUCAAUCACAAGUAUUCGAACAAUAGCAUGCCUAACCUGCUACAUUUUGAAAUAACAUUUUCUGAGAAUAUCUGAUCACCUACGGUGCAUAGAAGUGUCUUGUACAUGGAUAAAUGUGUCCAUUCACAAUGGAGAUCCGUGACAUUCGCUUUCUUUGUAUACCACUUCCAUAAAAGAAUUGAUUAGAACCAGUAAUAACUGUAGGUGCUUUAUGAACCAACCGUCAUGUGUAUCCAGCUCAACGCUGAUGUCGAAUAUUGCAAGUUGUGGUCAUGCAUCAUGUCAGAUAGAUAGCAUUCAUGGUGGACGUCAGCUGACCGUUACACAGCUGGUGUGUGGCUACUGGAAUUAGUGUGUCAUCCAGCGGUAACGAUUCCGUGUAAUAAAGAGAGCUAUUCUUGUUGAA